AUGCUCCAAAGGACUAUCGUAAGCCUCGUCGUAUGCAGCGCUUCGGCUCUCAACGUCCGUAGUAGCAAGCUUGCCCCAGAGCUGCCUCCAGCAGCACUGUCUCGUCGUGCCUGGGGCGACGCGGCCGCGUGCGGAGCCGCGGCCGCAUGGGUCGUCGCCGCGCCAGCCGCCCAAGCCUUGGUGACGAACCCGAUCUGUGCCUCCGGCGUCGGCGACGGCUGUGCGGAGCUCGCCGCGGGGGAGUCGCCGCUCAUCGCCGAGCUGCAGGCGCGGAGCGCCGAGAAGCGCGAGCAGCGCCGGAAAGAAUCACUUGAAAGAUACUCGGUGAACAAUUUCAACGACUUCUUCGCCGUCGACAACAAAUCGUUGGUAAGGCACGCGGACGGAACUUUCGAAGCCUUGCCGAAGGACGUCAUCGCCGAGGGCCUGAAGAGCGGGCGCAUCAAGUACGGCGCGCGGAGUGCGGGCAUCGCGGACUUCAGUACGAGUCGCGCGCCGUUCGAGUUCAACGAGUCGUCUCCUGCGAGUCCUCCUAGUAGCAGUAAUGAAAAUUUGCAAUAGCAACCCUUCCUGCGACGGACGCUAGCGUUUCGCGCUAGGAAAGCUCUCCAUCCAGGCGGAGCUGAGCAGUGCGCGCUCGCCUUGCGCGAAGUUGUGGAGGAGCGGGCAGCCAGUUUGCGUACGGUAUCUGCGCCAGCGUUGCUCGGUCGUCCGAUCGGCAGCGAUUACAGAUCGGCAGCAAGAUUACAGAUCGGCAGCAUGGGUUUGAACUGGAUCAGGGAACGCCGCCGAAGCAGCGACAAAGAGGUCGUACAGCGCAAGAAGGUCGUAAAUCCGGACACGGGCGAGACGCCGGCCGGCUACAACAAAAUGCUGCGCGACUGCGCGCGAAUCGCCCUCGCGGGAGCGAGCGCCACGUUACUAUGCGGUUGGCCGCACGUCGCACUCGUCGCUUCCGCCGUCGCCGCGGGCUUGCUCCAGCAGGGGACGACCUACUCGAUCAAAAACUGGAAGUGGACGGCCGUGUCGUGGUGUCUGCUCCCAGCAUGCCUCACGGCAUGGUUUCUGCGGUCCACCGCGGGAAUGAUCGACCCGGACCGCGGCUACUCGAUUUAUAUCAUUUUUGUGAUGGUCGGACGCUUCACGGAAUUCGCGGCCGGAUCGACCGUUGCCAUAUUCCUCGCCUUCGCGCUGGCGGCGCCGCCCGACAAGUCCGGCGAGGCUCGAUGA